AGGUGUCCGAGCAGCCCGCCUGGCCGGGAGGUGAGGACCGUGGCUCCGCCGCCAAGUCCCUCCCCUUCCCCAGCAGCUUCUCCCGGCGCCCGGGGCGCGGAGGAGGUGCCGCCAGGGUUCCGGGCGAGGCGCGCGCACCAUGGCCACGGCCGCGGCUCCAGGCCGGGUCCCCGCGCGCCUGCACUACCGCGUGCAGCUGCGCUUCGUGACCGAGGAGCAGCUCUUCACGCCCGGGCCGCUCACGACCCCCAACCCGAAAUCUCUGCGGCUGGAGGUGCACGCAGCCGGGGAGGAGGCGGACGCCACGGUGACUGACGCUGAUGGCGUCUGUGUCUUUAAAUGCCUACUCAACAGAGACACCGAGUGUUGCCGGGUGGGGAAGGAAUCCGUCUUGAUUACCCUGGGGUACAACAGUGCUCUGCUGAAGUUUGAGUCUUAUGCUGAAUUCAGCGCAUUUUCAAAUACCUUGAAAAGGUGCCGGAAUGAGAAAAAGAAAUACUCAGUGUUUAACCAGCGGACAGAAGAGGCAUCUGCCACACAAUACUUCCAGUUUUAUGGCUGCAUUUCCCAGCAGCAGAACAUGAUGCAGGAUUUUGUGAGGACAGCCACUUACCACAGAGCCAUCCUCCAGAACCACGUUGACUUCAGAGACAAGGUCGUUCUAGAUGUUGGUUGUGGAACAGGAAUCCUGUCAUUUUUUGCUGUACAGGCUGGAGCCAGGAGAGUCUACGCAGUUGAAGCCAGCUCAGUAGCACAAUAUGCUGAGAUACUAGUGAAAAAUAACCAUCUUUCAGACAAGAUCAUUGUUCUGCCAGGGAUAAUUGAAGAAAUCUCACUUCCCGAGGCUGUAGAUGUGAUCAUUUCUGAACCAAUGGGAUACAUGCUGUUCAAUGAAAGGAUGCUGGAGAGCUAUCUUCAUUCCAAAAAAUGGCUGAAAGCAAAUGGAAAGAUGUUCCCGACAUUCAGUGACAUCCACUUGGCCCCCUUUUCUGACGACCAGCUCUACAUGGAACACUACUCCAGAGCCAACUUUUGGUACCAGCAGUGCUUCUAUGGGGUCAACCUGUCCAGUCUCCGGGCUGCUGCAGUGGAUGAAUACUUCAGACAGCCAAUCGUCGACACAUUUGACAUUAGGAUUUUGAUGGCUCGAUCAGUCAAGUACACAGUGAACUUUAUGGAUGCAAAAGAAGCAGAUCUCCACAGAGUAGAAAUCCCCUUUGUGUUUCAGAUGACACAGUCUGGCCUCAUCCACGGCCUGGCGUUCUGGUUUGACGUGGCCUUUGUCGGAUCUCUGGUAACAGUUUGGCUGUCCACAGCCCCAACCGAGCCUCUGACCCACUGGUACCAGGUGCGGUGCCUUCUUCAGACUCCUCUCUUUGCCAAGGAAGGGGAAACCCUCUCAGGGAGAGUGCUGUUCGUAGCCAAUAAGCGACAGAGCUAUGACAUUCAGAUCGUGGCACUGGUAAACCAGACGGGCUUCAGAUCUGGGAACAUCCUCGAUUUAAAGAACCCUUUCUUCAGGUAA